CUUUUUCAGUAGCCUAGCGGCAGGACAGCCUCGGCCAGACACACAAGCGGCUUCUUCUGCUCCUACAGAAGGAUCAACGAAAGGUUGCUGUGGAGUGGAGAGGUGAGAGGUGUGUGGAGGACAGGAGAGAGUGGAGUGAGCAGAGGAGGACAGGAGACCGGAGACGGGACCUCCACACACACACACACACACCCAGGAGACCCAGGAGAGCCAGGAGAGCCAGCGCGGAGCAGAGAGGCCAGCCAUGACCGCCGUGCAGCCCAGAGGGAGGAGGAGUCCGGCGGGGAGCCAGGCAGACACAGGCCCCCAGGAGGAGGUGGAGGAGGAGCUGAUCUACAUGCAGUGUUGUGGCCAGGAAGACCCUGUCCGGGAGAACCAGGCCCAGCACCAGGCCCAAGCCCAGGGUCCGGCAUGCCAGCAGGUGUACCCAGCCACAGCUGCCUCCUCUGGGGCCUGGCCCUCCUCCUCAGCCCUCACCUGCGCAGGCUCCUCCAACAGUUUCCGUAGUCCAGAGUCGGUGGAGAUGGAUGAGAUCAUGGCUGCCAUGGUGCUGACCAGCCUCUCCUGUAGUCCCAUGAUGCAUAGCGGCGCCCCGCAGAAGGACCUACUUCCUGCAUGCUCCUCUUCGGGUGAUAUGGAGUGCGGGGGAGGGGAGCUGUCGGACAGCGGCAGCAGCGGCUACUGGAGUUGGGACCACGGCAGUGUUAGUCCCGCCCCCUCGCCCUCCGUCACAGAGGUGGACGGCAGCCUCAGUCAAUCAGGAGACCAGGGGACAGAGAUGGACGGCUGCCCCAGCCAAUCACCAGACGAGGGGCUCCACAUGGAACUGGACAUGGGGGAGGGCAGGAGGCACAAGGGCUGUGGGAGAGGGGCGUACCGCUGCCUGUGGCCCGGCUGCAGUAAGGUGCUGAACUCCAGAGUCGCCAUGAAGAGGCACAUACACCUCCAACACCUGGGAGGGGAGUCUGAACACUCCCAGUGUGAGGAGGAUUUUUACUACACGGAGGUGUCGUCUGAAGAGGAGCCCAGCCCCCCGUCUCCGGCCGCGUCCCCGUCUCCCUCCCCCUCUCAGUCUCCGUCCCUAGGGCCCACCACCACCCCCACUUCCACCUCCUCUUCCUCUUCCAGGGGGGUCUGGGCCUCCUCCUCCACCUCCUCCACCACCCCCACCUCCACCUCCUCUUCCAGGGGGGUCUGGGCCUCUUCCUCCUCGUCUUCCUCCUCCACCUCCUCCUCCUCCUCCUCUACUGGGGUCUGGGCCCCCUGCUGCUCCUCGUCAGGUAGCAGCACACCGGGCCCCCAGGCUUCAUCCUCGGGUAGCAGCACACUGGGCCCCCAGGCUUCAUCCUCAGCCUACUGCUACUCCAGCCCCCUCAGCCAGUCCGCUCCCAGCAGUGUCUGGCAGAUCCACACAGAGCAUCUCUACCAGGCCUGCGCCCCUGUCCAGGUGACGGUGUCUUCAGGGUCCUCGUCCCCCCCGAGCUACUGGGCCCCCGCUGGAGACGCACACGGACAAGGACACAGUCUGCACACACACACACAGGUGCUGUCGUCUCGGAGUCGGUCGGUGAGUGUGGGGGAGCAGUGGCUGCAGAGAAACAGCGCCCCCAGCAGGACACACACCAUCAGCGCAUCGCCCUCACGCAACCACUGCACAUUCAGGAAGGGGCGUGGUGAGGCUAAGAAGUGCCGCAAGGUGUACGGGGUGGAGCUACGAGCCCAGUGGUGCACUGCCUGCCGAUGGAAAAAGGCCUGCCAGCGCUUCCCGGACUAACACACGCUCGCACGCGCAUGCGCACGCACGCACGCACGCACGCAGAGAGACUCUUGUAGAGAGAGAUACCCAGGGAACAAGAGCAGGAGCGAGAAGAGAGAGAGAAAGAAAGGAAGGAAGAAAGGAGGAAAGAAAGACUGGACUCACAGAGGACCAUGCGGAUCGUAAUCCUUCCACUUUUGUAUUCGUAAUUCUCUUUUUCGUGUGGUGAUAAUGAUGAUGUAUUUUUCCUACAAAAGCUAUAAGAUGAUGUUGGAUGUUUUUGUUUACUUGUUUACUUCUUUGUGUACUUGUUUGGUUCCGCUUGUAAACAGCCUCAUUUCCUGUUUGGGUGAGUUUUGGAGAGCUGGUGCUAGGUGGUGGUGGGAGUGUGUGCGUGCGUGUGUGUUUAUUUGUGCGUGUGUGUGCAUGUGUGUGUGUGUGUGCGUGCGUGCGUGUGUGUGUGCGUUCGUGCGUUUGGCUCUCCUAGGUGCGUUUGCACUCCCGCACCCUUCUCCUCUUCCUCCACUCCUCCUCUUCCUCCUCCUACUCCUCUUCCUCCUCCUCCUCCUCUUCCUCCACUUCUCCUAUUCCUCCACUUCUCCUCUUCCUCCUCUCCUCCUCUUCCUCCACUCCUCCUCCUCUUCUCCUCUUCCUCCUCUUCCUCCUCUUCUCCUCCUCCUCAUCUUCCUCCUCUUCCUCCUCUUCUCCUCUUCCUCCUCCUCCUCAUCUUCCUCCUCUCCUGCUCUUCCUCCUCUUCUCCUCUUCCUCCACUUCUCCUCGUCCUUCAGAAGACCAUUUCAGUCCUUUGCAUGAAGACUUUCAGUGUCAUCUCAUUGUCAUUGUGAGUGUGUGUGCGUGUGUACGUGUGCGUGUGCGUGCGCGUGUGUGUGUGUGUGUGUGUGUGUGUGUGUGUGUGUGUGUGUGCGUGUGUGUGUCAUUGUCCUCACCAUUGAGCAGCAGGAAAAGAAGAAAAAGAAGAAAAAAUAUCCCUCAGAUCAGAUCCUUAUCCAGAGUUAAAUAUCCCUCAGAUCAGAUCCUUAUCCAGAGUUGUGUUACUUUAGUAUCGGAUUCGGUAGCUAUAUAAAUAUAAAUAUAAAUAUAAAUAUAAAUAUAUAUAUAUAUAUUGAUACACAUAUAUACAUAUAAAUAUAACGAUAUAGAUUGUGUACAGUGUUGUUUUCUUUUCUCAUUUCACCCCUUUUUCGUACCUUGUUUUUUUUUUUUUUAAAUAACAUUUAACUAUGUAUUUUACGUAAUUGUCAUUUUCUGCUUUUGUUGUGGACUGCCAUGCUGUUUUCAGCUAUUGUUUGUUUGAGUGUUUAUAUAUAAUGAUGAUUGUGUUGAGUGUGUAGCUGUGUAGCGAUGAUGAUGAUGAUGAUGAUGAUGAUGAUGAUGAUGAUGAUGAUGAUGAUGAUGAUAGUGUUUCAUUACCAUGCUAGUGCUUCCCAACCUGCGAGCUUCCAUACCGCAGUGUUAGUCUUAAGCUACUGUAUGUGUACACCAAGAGCCACCUAGGCUACGCUACCUGAGCUAUGUGUACACCAAGAGCCACCUAGGCUACGCUACCUGAGCUAUAUGUGUACACCAAGAGCCACCUAGG